CACUCUUGACUGCAGCUUCCUGCCGUCACGUGAUCUGCAGAAGCUGACCUGAAAGAGCAGAACCGAACAGUGUGGUACCUUUAACCUCCGGCGAACUUCUUUCACAUUUUUGCCGGUAAUUGUUGCUCGAGGCCGUCGAGGAUGUUUUCACUCGGCGAGACGAUGGAUUUCCUCAUCGGAAACCCCUUUUCAACGCCCGUGGGGCAGAGAAUCGAGCGGGCGACCAGCGGCUCUCUGCAGGCGGAGGACUGGGGGCUCAACUUGGAGAUCUGUGACAUCAUCAAUGAGACCGACGAAGGGCCCAAAGACGCAGUCAAAGCCAUAAAGAAGAGAAUCGUUGGGAACAAAAACUUCAGGGAGAUCAUGCUGGCUCUUACCGUUCUUGAGACCUGCGUGAAGAACUGUGGCCACCGCUUCCAUGCUCUGGUGGCCACCCAGGACUUUGUGGAGGGGGUUCUGGUCCGUUCCAUUUUGCCCAAAUACAACCCCCCCACUAUCCUCCAUGACCGUGUUCUCAGCCUCAUACAGUCAUGGGCUGAUGCGUUUCGCACUAACCCCUCCCUGUCAGGGGUGGUGUACGUCUACGAUGACUUGAGAAGGCGGGGUCUGGAGUUCCCCAUGACGGACCUGGAUGCCCUGUCUCCCAUCCACACUCCAAACAGGAGUAUUCCUGAGAACGGCCCCUGUGAGGUGGCCCCCGCCCCCACGCCUCCGCCACAGUCUACGGCUCCAGCUGGUAACCACAGCCAGAAUAGCUCCCCUCCAGUCCAGCCCAGUGAUGGACCAGUGUCGCUGUCUCCAGCACAGGAGCAGAAGCUGCGGAGCGACCUGGAGAUGGUGAAAGCAAACCUCACUGUGAUGUCCGCUCUGCUGAACGAGCUGGCACCAGGCCACAGCAAGCCCGACGACAUUCAGCUUCUACAGCAGCUCUUCUCGGUGUGUAAGAAGAUGCAGACGCGUGUGGUGGAGCUCAUCCCACAGCUGCUGGACGAAGGGUUCAUCGCAGAGCUGCUGACGAUCAAUGACGACCUGAACAACGCCUUCAUCCGCUAUGAGAGGUUUGACAGGCAGAACAAAGCUCAAGUUACGAAUUCACAUCAGAGCUCCGCUGAGAGUCCGAGUCUCCUCGAAGCCGAGCCUUCAGCCGACAAACAGCCGGCUGUCAUCCCGACAAGCAGCCAACCAGCAGUCGGCUCCCAGAGCGGCCCCCAGCCGGCGGCCUGUCACCAGGAAGAGGAGGAGUUUGACAUGUUUGCCCAAACCAGGGGCAGCUCUUUGGCUGAGCAGAGGAAGAGUGUCAAGUAUGAGGACCCCGGGGCCGUGGAGGGGCUGGCAGAGGCCCUGGACUCCAGGCUGCAGGUCACAGCGGCGGCGCCACCAGCAAACAACGGCCUACAGAAUGACAUCGACGCGUGGUUGGUGGGCGACAUGCUGGAGGAUCAGCCCUCGAUCAGUGAGGGAGUGUCCAGUGAAGAGUUCGACAAGUUUCUGGAGGACCGGGUGAAGGCGGUGGAGCGCAGCGGCCAGACAGUCUGCAGCGCGCCGCCCUCCACAGCAAGACCGCCGCCGAGCGGCGCCCGGCAGCAGGGCACGUCACAUGACCAGCUGUUUUCACUCUGAAUGUAGAGCGAGCACAGCUUCAUAAAAGAACUUCAUAAAAGUCUCAAUCUUUUCUGAACUAAUCUCACAGUAAAUGCUGUAUUUCUAUUUCAUUACAUUGUUUGUACAUAACCUUCUGUUACUGUAUUUAUGAUUUAUUAGUAGUAUUAUAUUGUGAACAAAAACUGUUUACAGUUGCAGAGAAUCUCAUUGGUGCCUUUGACCCAAAAUGCUGAUUUCCUAUAAAGGAGAAUAAACGGGGAUCCGUUCCUCAAUCCUC